GUCUCCGCGGUUGCUUACGGCUUUUUAUAUUUGUUUACAAAAAUUACGCUUCGCAAAUCUUAGUUCCAGCAUACGUUCGCUAUGAGAAUGCGAAUGAUAGAUAGGGUGUUAAAAAAUACUAAGUGAAACAUUUAACUGGAUUUAUUUUAUUUUUAUUUUUGUUUUUGUUAUUUGAGGCCUAACGGCCUAGUUGAAGCCACGGCAUUGGGUUAGAUGCGUCGCCGGGAGAGCGAUUUUGGACGAAGCGGGGGUGUUUCCUUGUAAAUACUGUUAUUUGUAUAUACUGUAAAUGAUGACAUCGGUGGGCAGUAACAGAGCCCGGGGCACCUGGGAGCAGACACAGACACAGAGCCAGACACAGCACAAGCAGCGACCACAGGCGACUGCUGAGCAAAUUAGACUUGCACAGAUGAUUUCGGACCACAAUGAUGCAGAUUUUGAGGAGAAAGUCAAACAGCUAAUUGAAGUCACAGGAAAGAACCAGGAUGAAUGUAUGAUUGCUCUGCAUGACUGCAAUGGAGAUGUGAACAGAGCCAUCAACGUAUUGCUGGAGGGGAACCCUGACACGGACUCUUGGGAAAUGGUUGGAAAGAAGAAAGGUGUAUCAGGUCAGAAGGAGAGUGGACAGUCAGAGUCUAAUGAAGAAGGUAAAGAAAAUCGAGAAAGAGAACGGGACCUCAAUCGUCGGCGAGGACCACUACCUCGAAGAGGAAGGGGAUCUAGCCGUGGUCGAGAAUUUCGUGGGCAGGAAAAUGGGCUAGAAGGUGGAAAAAGUGGAGGUCCUUCUGGAAGAGGAUCUGAAAGGGGUAGAAGAGGGAGAGGCCGGGGCAGAGGGGGUUCUGGAAGGAGAGGAGGAAGGUUUUCUGCUCAAGGCAUGGGAACCUUCAACCCAGCUGACUAUGCUGAACCUUCAAAUACAGAUGACAACUAUGGGAACAGUAGCAAUACUUGGAAUAGUACAGGAAGCUAUGAACCUGAGGAUUGUGCAGGUGCAUGGAGAACAGCUGCUGAAGAAUGGGGAACAGAGGAUUGGAGUGAAGAUCUUUCAGAAACCAAGAUAUUUACAGCUUCAAAUGUAGCCUCAAUGUCUCUCCCACCAGAGAAUGUGACAAUCACAGCAGGACAAAGAAUUGACUUGGCAGUGUUGCUUGGGAAGACCCCCUCUUCAGAGAAUGAAACGGGCUCUCAUGAAGCUGCACAGCCUCCGCCUUUGUCUCAGUCUCUGGUGUUUAACAAUUCUAAGCAAAGUACUAUGUCACAGCCAUCUUCUGGGACCAGCUUUUCUCAGCACAACAUGGUCAGCAUGCUGGGCAAGAGCUUUGGAGAUGUUGGUGAACCAAAAGGAGGAAGUACCAGUGGAACUACCAGUGGAUCCCAGUUCUUGGAACAAUUCAAAACUGCUCAGGCAUUGGCUCAGUUGACAGCACAGCACACUCAAGCUAGUGCUGGCAAUCCCACAUCUUCAUCUUGGGAAAUUGGCUCAGCUACACAGUCAUCUUCACUUGGACAGUUUGAAAUCAAGACACAGUCCGAUGCAUCAGUCCAUAAUCCUUUCAGCAAGAGGCAGUCUUAUCAGUCGACCACCAGCAUAAUGGAAGCAUAUAUGCAACAGGAGAAACCUUCCUCGAUUGUUUCUGCCCCUUUGCCGUCUGCAUCAGUGCCUCCUUCCUCCUCCCCUCUACCAACUAAGAGCAUCUCUUCCUCAGCACCUCAGGUUUCUCCAGGGUCUUCUGACAACCAAUCUUCUAGUCCACAACCCACACAACAACAUAAACUGAAACAGCAGAAAAAGAGGACAGCGAUCACUACUAAGAUACCGUCUUCUGCAGUUGAAAUGCCUGGCACAUCAGAUAUUGGUGGGCUUAAUCUACAGUUUGGGGCAAUGGACUUUGGACCUGAAUCUGUUCUACCAGAAUAUGAGACUACACCUGUCACAAGUGCUCCAGUUAGCCAAGUCCAAAAUAGUCCUUACACAAGUGCAGCCAAUGAAUCUACAACCACAAUACCAACAAACCAGAGCCAAGACUCAGGGUACCAAAGCAGUGCCAUCCCAUCAUCAUCGUAUACCUCACAACAGAACAGCUCUCAAAACACUCUAUAUGAACAGAGGUCCACGCAAACAAGGCGGUAUCCUAGCUCUAUCUCUUCCUCACCGCAAAAGGAUUUGACUCAAAGCAAGUGGAGCAGUGGUGUGAUGAAUGAGGAUCCACUUGCAGCCCAGUGUAAUGGAUUUAGUUCAAUACAGUCAACUCAAUCAAUAGAAGCUGCAGCUGGUCCUGCAGUAAAGCCGGUGGAAUCCCCAGUUGUAUCAAGUAUGGCUUCACUCCCGGAUUCUGUGUCUGGCUCCUCAUCUCUUCUAACCACAGCCAAUCAGCAUGCUACGUUAAACAGCCUGAAUCAUAAUGAGGAACUCCCAAGCACUACCGCACCUGCAUCCCAGCAACAUAAUAGUUCAUUAUCUUCACAACAGAAUAGCCUGUCGUCGUCAUCGUCGUCAUCCUCUGUUCGCACUUCAACAUCAACUCUAUUGCACACAAAUGUGGAGAGCGAACCCAGUCUGCAUUCUUCCGCAAGCACUUUUUCCUCUUCCCCAGCUGUGGCAGUUGCUGUGUCCAGUAUGGUGACGGCCGCUCCACCAGCUGUCAGCACUGUCUCCUCUAGUAUUGGCACAGUCAGCAGCUUGGGUAUCACGUUAAGCAGUAACUCCACAGCAACACCAGUCUCUACUCGCAGCUCCAUUGCCUCUACUUCAGGGAAAGCACCUCCGAAUCUCCCACCCGGUGUUCCACCAUUGCUUCCCAAUCCGUAUAUCAUGGCUCCAGGAUUACUUCAUUACCCGCCUCAGGUUUAUGGAUAUGAUGAUCUUCAAAUGCUGCAGACCAGAAUUCCUCUGGAUUACUACAGCAUUCCUUUUGCCACACCUACAACAGCACUGACAGGAAGAGAUGCCACCCUGACUAACAACCCAUACUCUGGUGAUUUAACAAAGUUUGGACGUGGUGAUGCUUCUUCUCCUGCACCAGCCACUACCUUGGCUCAGCCGCAACAGAACCAGACACAGACUCACCAUACCACCCAGCAAACAUUCCUGAACACAGCCCUUCCUCCAGGCUACAGUUAUACUAGCCUUCCCUACUAUACUGGUGUACCGGGACUCCCUAACACUUUUCAGUAUGGACCUGCAAUGUUUCCGGUGGCUCCUGCCUCUUCAAAGCAGCAUGGUGUGAAUGUCAGUGUCAACACUUCUGCCGCUCCUUUCCAGCAAGCAAGUGGAUAUGGUUCUCAUGGCUACAGCACUGGCUAUGAGGACUUGAGCCAGGGUCCCAGCACGGGGGAUUUCUGUAAGGGUGGAUAUAGCGCUGCUGUCGCUGCUGCUGCUGCCGCCGCUGCCGCUGCUUCUGCACAAAGCAAGCCUGCUGCUGCCACUUCUGUCACCGGGCCAGGUGCCGGAGUUUCAGUAACAUCUAGCAACACAGGAGUUCCAGACAUCUCAGGCUCUGUUUACACAAAAACGCAGUCUUUUGACAAGCAGGGUUUUCAUGCAGGCACGCCAGCAGCUUCAUUUAAUUUGCCAUCAGCUCUUGGCAGUGGGGGACACAUGAACCCUGCAACACCCGCUGGGUACCCCCCUGCCCCAUUCAUGCACAUUCUGGCAACACAUCAGCAGCCACACUCCCAGAUGCUUCAUGCUCACCUUCAGCCUGAUGGACAGAGCAGCACUGGCCAGCGUAGCCAGGGGAACUCUAUCCAGCAAAAGACCCAGGUGAACAAGUCAGCCUACAAUAGCUACAACUGGGGCGCCAACUGAAAGAAGAAAAAGGAUAUAGCUUGGCUGAAUAUUUCCAUCAAAACAUACCUCCCAGGUUUAAAGGCCAAAUGGCUAAUGGGAGAAGAAGAGAAAUGAAAUCAACUUAAAUUAAAUUAAAAAAGAGAAAAAAAAUCUGUGCAAGUUUCAAAACUAGCAAGAAAGUUAAGCUCUGCGUUUGUGUCUGUAGUUUUUGCCCACCUUAUCUGUUGUAUGUAAUAUAGACUUUGUAUUUUUCUCUUUCUUCCCCAUCCUUUUUUCCUUCCCUCCCCCUCUCCAUUCGGAUUAUGCUCGAAUUUCUUUUUCUAGCUUCCUAUCCUAGGGAUAUAGGAGCUCAGGAAAAUGAAGAAAAAUACAAAAGUAUAAUAAAGUCUAAUUUGUUUUCUUUUGUUCAUUUUUGAAGACCUUUUAUUAGAAAUCUUAAAGAGUUAAUUGAUAUGGACAGCAUUGUAUUAUGACUUUGUCAAAGUGUUUUUUUGUACUGUGCUCUGAAUUUAAAUGGAUAAGCCUGUCUUGUAUAUAUAUAUAAAAACACAAAGUACUGUA